AUGUUGCACAGCAGCGGGUCGUCCUAUGCGCCGGGCGGAGUGCCGCUUGGCCAGAGUGCGUCGGACGGCAUUGGCUACACGCCUGCUGUAUCGUCAGCGCCGCAUCAGCCGCAUCAGCCGCAUCAGCAGCAGCAGUCGGCGUAUGGCUACGUGUUUGAAGGUCAAGCUCAGUCGCAGCGGCAGCAGCAGCAAGACUUUUACAUCCAACCUCACCAGUCGCAUCAAAUGCACCAACAACUCUAUCCGUCACAGGCUCAUCAGGCGCAUCAGGGGCCUCAGGGGCCUCAGGGGCUGCCGUCGACCGCGAGCUACUUUGGCGCUCCCACUGCUACUACUACUGCUGCUGCUGCUGCUGCUGCUGCUCCUGCUGCUGCGUUCCAGCCUCAGGCAACCGCGUUGCAGUACCACACCCAUACCCCAGUCGCAUCCAGUCUAGCGCCCGCAUCGGGGCAGCACCAGUACCAGACUCCUGCUCCGCCUGCGAAUGCCGCAUUCACUGGCGCCGGAUCCACGACCCCGCUCACUGCAGCGUCCCUCACGGCUGCCAUCAAUAGUGCUGCAGCUGCGGCGAGCGAAGGCGCCACCGCGUUCAAUGCAACGUAUGGGACGCCCGUGAGUCAAUUGCAGCCGCAAUCCGCCCACCACGCCGAUCCAAGCCGCACUCCUGCCAGCUCGGCCACGCCAUUGACAUACUCUACUCAGACACAGGCUGGUCUGCCAAGCCAAGCAAGGGUGGCGGCGUAUUCGACCCCAUUGCCGCCGAGAUCGCUCAGUGACCACGCUCCUCCUCCUUCUCAGCCGGGUCAACCCCAGAGUGGAUCACCGGCUUCGGCCAAUGCAGCAAUCCACACAUUUGCAGGAACAAUGUCAACGCCACAGCAAGACCGAAGCAGCAGCACGCCGUAUCGGGACCAAGCGACCCUUUCGUCCAACACUUCAACCAGUUCACGGGCUGGUGCGAGCCUCCUGGGCACACCUGCAAUGCAGCAGCCAUCACAUCCAGGAGCUGCAUAUUCUAAUUUGCCCACACAGCAGCAUGCACAGCCGACCGGCGCAUUGGCAUCCGGGGCAGCAGCAGCAGCAGCAGCUCCUUCGCAGCAGUCAGCACCAGCCAACAACAAUGUGCCGCCGUCGGUCAUGCAACUCUUGAGCGAGCACGUUCUCAAGGAGGCCGGAUUGAUAUCGGCAAAUGAGCGCCUGGAAUCCCUGCUUGGCGAGGAGCGUUUGGAGCGUCAGUCCUUUGAGCGACGGACGCGAGAACUCGCAGAGAGCAAGGAUCGUCGCAUUCGCGAUCUCGAGACCCAACUCGAGACGCUACGGCCGCUGCAGACAGCGUCCAACUUUGUAGACCAGCGCGUGCUCGUGUCUCAGCUCGAACAGGAGCUCGAUCGGGUCCUUGCACUGCUGGAGCGCGAGCGCUCACAAUGGCAGCAGCAGCGCGAGUCCGACAGCGCCGAGUCAAAUCGUCGCUUUGCGGCUUUGGAGGCGGACGCGGCUGCGGAAAGGCGCGCGGCCGAGCGUGCGCAGUCUGAGCGCGCAAAUCUGGAGGUGACGGUGAAUGGUCUCCGGCAGGAAUGGCAGUCGGCGCAAUCCGAUCUCACCAACCAACUGCAUUCGGCCCAAGCGAACGUGGCACAGCUGACCGCCUCCCUCCAAGGAGCCAAUUCGCGCUUGGCCGCGGCUGUGCGCGAUGCUGAGCAAGUACGCGGCGCGCUGCAAACCAGCACAACCGAAAAUACACGACUUUCGCAGCAGCUCAUGUCGUGCGAGUCGGCACUGCGGCAAGCGCAGAGCGACUUGCAGGCAUUGGAAAGCGACCGCACGGUUCAACUGCAGCACUUGCGCGAUCGGUUCAAGCAGCAGUUUGACAGUGCUCUGGACGUCGUGAGCGAUGCCAUUCAGUCCACGCCCGGCUCGUCGUACUCUUCGAGAUCGAGUUAUCUUGGAGCCGCACUUCCCGCAGCAUCCAGCAACGGUCGAACUGUUGGCGCAGAGCUGUUUCCGCCCCUAACCCCUGCUGCUACAACCACAGGUUCGGCGGCAAUCACCCCAAGCAGUUUUGCGCGACAAAACGGUGGUGUUGUGGCAGGUUCUGGCAUUGCAACAGGGCCGACUCCAGUCCCUCAGCAACCGCCGUGC